AUGCACGUUUCGGUCAUUGGCGGCAUCUACAUGAAGGCGCUUGGCCUUCGUCUUACUAAGUUAAAACAGGAUGCCGACGUUCUUAUCCCAAAGAGCGGUCCCUGGAACCGCUUCAAUAUCAUCAACGAGAUCGCCAAGCAGGACCCCUGCUUCACGGUCAAUAUGGAGGUGAAGUGCGGUCUUACGUUCAAGGAGGGCGAUGAAGUUUACACCUGGACCUGA